CCUACUUUAGUCUUUAGCUCCUCUAGUCUCAGUUCUAGGUGAGCCUUCUCCAGGCAUCAAUCUCAGGGAUGGGCUCCCUAGCUCACCUCCUCUCCUGCUUCUUUCCUUCCAGCCUGACCGGGAAGGAAGCCCUGACCCACUUCCCCUCGCUGGGCGCCCCGGGGGGCUCUGGCCCGGGCAAGGGGCACGUGAAGCAGUGCGAGCUGCUCCAGCUGUCCCGCAAGCAGAAGCGGCUGUGCCGGAGGGAGCCGGGGCUGGCGGAGACGCUGCGCGACGCCAUCCGCCUGGGGAUCCUGGAGUGCCAGUUCCAGUUCCGCAGCGAGCGCUGGAACUGCAGCCUGGAGGGCCGGCCCAGCCUGCUCAAGAGAGGUUUUAAGGAAACAGCCUUCCUGUACGCCGUGUCCUCGGCCGCCCUGACGCACUCGCUGGCGCGGGCGUGCAGCGCGGGGCGCAUGGAGCGCUGCACCUGCGACGACUCCCCGGGCCUGGAGAACCGCAAGGCCUGGCAGUGGGGUGUCUGUGGGGACAACCUCAAGUACAGCACCAAGUUCCUGAAAAAGUUCCUGGGGCAGAAGAGGAUCGGCAAAGACCUGCGGGCCAAGGUGGAUAUCCACAACACCAACGUGGGCAUCAAGGCGGUGAAGAACGGCCUCAAAACCACCUGCAAGUGCCACGGCGUGUCCGGCUCGUGCGCGGUGCGGACGUGCUGGAAGCAGCUCUCUCCUUUCCACGAGAUCGGGCGGCUCCUGAAGCUGCGCUACGAUGACGCCGUCAAGGUCUUCAGCACCAGCAACGACGCCGUGGGACACUCGGAGCUGGCGGGGCCGCACAGGCAUGGCCACUCGGGCAAGCAGCCCGCCCUGCCGCGCCCCACGGACCUGGUGUAUGUGGAGGACUCGCCCAGCUUCUGCCGGCCCAGCAAAUACUCCCUGGGCACCGCGGGCAGGACCUGCUCCCGCGAGGGCAACUGUGACAGCAUGUGCUGCGGCCGGGGCUACAACACCCAGAGCCGCCUGGUCACCUUCUCGUGCCACUGCCAGGUGCAGUGGUGCUGCUACGUGGAGUGUCAGCAGUGCAUGCAGGAGGAGGUGGUCUACAGCUGCAAGCAGUAGGGACAGCCCCGAGGGGCGAGGCGAGUCCAGGGGAGCAGCAGGGGGACAGGGACAUGGCUCUCUGCUGCGGGUCAGGACAAAAGCGAGCACCAAAUGUGUGCUGUGCUCCUCCAGCCUCGGCGUUGAGAUGCUCCAGCCUUGGUGUUGAGAUGCUCCAGCCUGGGGAGAGCCCCUGCAUGAGCGGGGAAAACCAGAGGUUUUGUCAGGCAUGGGGUCAGGAAGGAAGGACAGAGAGCGGUGGGAUGUGGGGACAGCAGGAACCCUGAUGCAGCCACAAAUGUCCCUCAAGUUCAAACUUGUACUCACCUGUGCGGGAAGAUCCUCCUUCUGCACCCCUCAGAUGCACUCCUGGAGAUGCAUUGGGGUGGUGAUGUUGGGACACUGAGGGCUCGUGCCCUGGAUCCUGCAGAGAAGAGGAUUAAGGGACCAGGAAGGCCACAACCAGAGACUGGCCCCAGGUGUAGCAGGGCCAGCUGUGCUUCUGCACCGAGGCAGGAGGACUCUGGCAGUGGGGAUUGCCCGUGCCAUUCCCUGGGAGCUGGCUGAACCCUUUCUGCUGCCAACUCACUGACACACUGCUGAACAAUCUCAUUUGGCUCAGGAAUUGUGCCUCAGAAAUACCAGCUUACAAACAAAGGGAGCUCACCUCCAUCACCUCCCAGGUCUGUAGUUUGGAUGUUGGACUCCAGGUGAAUUUAACCUUGCUGUUCCUGGUCACCUGGAAUUGCUGCAGUGACAGUGUUUGAGCCAUGGGAAGUCAGCUGAGGGCUGUGAAGUCACCCCUCUGCAGCACGUGGCCUCCCAGGGGCUAUUUACUGCUGGUGAUCCAGAAUGAUGGUGCCAGUUAUGCAUCUCUCUUUCUCCUCCUCCCCAGUCAAUCAAUCAAUCAAUCAAUCAAUCAAUCAAUCACCUUUUUGUCCUAUGUGCAGCACACUCUGCCUGGUGCCCGAGGUGUGUCACAUCCCGCAGUCCUGCCCUGUGCCAAUGACAGGUAAAGCCUCUGAAAGGGAAUUAGGAACCACAGGAACAGGGGCAUCUGAAAGAUGUGCAAAUCUUGAGUGACAAUCCCUGGCCCGAGAAGUUGGGUAUAUCCAACCCCUGCAGACAUGAGGGUAGGUGACCCAGGGAAAAGAGCACAGGCUGUUAUAGAGUCAUGAGCCCCUGACUUUGAACCUUGUUUUUCCCUUUGACACCAGACCCAGCCUGUUCAAUUCCUUUGUCUGUGAGUUAGGGAGCAAUUUUGGGAAUGGCAGCAAGGCACCCUCUGACCCAGCCACCAGGUAAAUGGAGGUGUAGCUGAACAGCCUCUGGGUGUUCAGCUCUCUGACAGUGCAUUUUCCUGCUCCAGGGUUUUUCUGGUUGAUCCUGCAGCAGCUCGGGAUUGUUCCUGAGGUAACAAACCUGCUGUAUUUACUCAUUCUUGGCAAUGGGUACAAACCAGACAGAAUGGAGAUGGGCUGGUGCUGCAAAGAAUAUUGGAAUCCUAAAACUGGCAGUGUAAGGGGUGAAGAUGCUGGUUUGGGUAGCAAGAUGGGCUCAUCCACAGGUGGCAUUGGGCUGAAUUCCAAUAGAAUGGAGCUCCCCUCAGAGGUGUGGGAUCUGCCUGUGUGCUCAGCUCGGCAGUGUGGAUCUGCUGGAGUGGGGUAGCUCAGCCACUCAUUACAGCUGCUCUGAGCAAUUCCCCCCAGUGAGGAGCGUGUGCUCACACUCUCUUUACCUUGACUUUGUUUCCCCUUUGGUUUUUACAACUGUUUUUCACUUCUGCUCCCUCCAGUGCUGGCGCAGAGCAGUCUCAGAGCAGAUCAAGCCAUUAACUGGCUGUUUGGAGGCCACUUCCCUCUCCCCAGCUACAGGUCUUUUAAAGGGCUUAUUCCUUUUUAUCCCUUUUCUGGUUCAAGUUGACUUGAACUGAAUUAAAGGGUUUAUGACAGACAUAAUACUGCAAAUAGGCUUAAUUAGCCUUACUUUUUUUUUACCUCCUAAAUACCCAAGAGCAGACCAUUAUUUAUAUAUUGCUUUUAAUCCUUUUGGAGUUGAAAUCUUCCCACGAGUCUCAAUUUUGAUCACUCAAUGAAAAAGCUUCCAAAUAAGCUAAAAUUGGCAUCGUGGGUGAAGUGAGCAGGGAACUCAUUCUGGCUGAACUAUUGAUCCCAAACCCUCUGCCCCACUGACCUCCAGCCUUGUCCUGCACCAGGGGGGAAGGGAAUACCCCAUCUCAGGAGGGUCCUUUGGGAUCCCUUGUCAUUACAUGCAUCAUUCCCAUUUAAACAGGGACUGUGGCUCAGUGGAAAGAGCUGGAUCCCAUUCCUUGGGAAGCAAGUGGAGGAGACACCACUCUGUCCUCUUGCUCUUAUCAAAGCUGCACAGGAAUUAUUGAAUAAGAACUGGACAAAACCAAAUUUCAGGGAAAAUUAGGUUUCAUCAUGUACCAAAGGGGACUUUUGGAAAUUCUUUGUCCUCUGUGGCUUAGAGCUGCUGGAGAAGAUCUGAGGAAGAGAUGGUUCAUUCUCUGGUAUCCCUGGGUGGGUUGGGCUCAGUGGGGUGUGGAGGUCUGGCAUUGGGCUGGAGUGAAUUUGGGUUGUUCACUGUUAAGCCAGGUCUGGACAAGGACAUCUGAUGUUCCCCAGCUUUGCUGUGGUUAACUCAGAGCCCUCUUCAGCCCCUCCUGACACUGCUGCAAAUCUUCCUGUCCAACCCCUGCCAGGCAGCCCAGCCUCAAGGUCUGGAAACCAAAUGAUGAACACUGAUGGGAGAUAAAUAAUCUCAAAUGCCCGAUUUGAGGGUUGGGAAAAGACUUGAGCAUAGUUUUAGUUUGAAGCAACACUGAUGUCAAUCCUUUUUGUGUCCUUCAGCACCAAGUUUUUAGAGAUGGUGCCAUGGGUAAGGGAGGGACAAAGUUUGCUUGGGACAGAUAUUGUGGUGGCUUUGAGGCUUUUAUUUCAUUCUGUUGUCCAGGACUUUUUGUUGGGUUGAUAUUCCAAAUAUGAUUUAAUUCAACUGACAGCAGUGAGAGCAGGGAGCAAAAUCUGAGUCUGUUUGGCCCUCAGUAUUCUUAGGCUUGAAUUGUAUUUUGCUCUGACCCAAGACCAAGCACGAUCUUGAGCAAAGCUCUUCUGCCACCUCCUGGAGAUCUGGGCUGUGAAGAUCUGGAAGUCCAUUUGGACUUUUUAGUUGUGCCACACACCUUACAAUGUAUUGAAAAUCCCAUGGAUUUGGUUAUAUGUGUAAAUGACUGGAAUGACAAGGGGAUUGCAUUAAGUCUUGACAAAGAAAUCUUCUCAGCAGCAAAGCUGAAACCUCAUACCCUGCCUAUAAAAAAACACUUUUCCAAGUGCAAAUGUACCUCACUGACUACUGAUGGUAAAAGUCGGAGCUGCACAGGCUUUGCUGGGAGUGUUUUGGUUUGGACUGAAUCUUUUCCUCUGCACCUAAAAUCCAAAUAACCUGGGAACAGCCAUAGCUCCAAACCAGGGUCCCCACUGCACACACAGAGGCUACACUGCUCACAGAGUCCCUGUUCCUGUCCCUCUGUGGACUUCCUAGUCCAGCUUUUAUUACCUCUCCUGGUGUGUUGCAUUUCUGGGCUUGCUAGUCAUGGAUCCAGCAUGUCUGUUGUAUGGGGGAAAUAGAAAUCCAUCAUCCAUCCAUCCAUCCAUCCAUCCAUCCAUCCAUCCAUCCAUCCAUCCACCCAUCCACCCAUCAUCCAUCCAUCCCUUUUUACAAGGGCGUGGAGUGACAAGGAAAGGGGGAAUGGAUUCCCACUGCCAGAGGGCAGGGAUGGAUGGGAUAUUGGGAAGGAAUUCCUCCCUGUGAGCGUGGAGAGGCCCUGGCACAGGGUGCCCAGAGCAGCUGUGGCUGCUGCAUCCCUGGGAGUGUCCAAGGCCAGGUUAGACAGGGCUUGGAGCAACUUGGAACAGUGGAAGGUGUCCCUGCCCAUAGCAGGGGUGGAAUGGGAUGAGCUUUAUGGUCUCUUCUCAGCCAAACCAUUCUGGGAUUAUAAAAAGUUUUACCGAACCAUUUCUGAUGUUUAUGGAUCCCACCAUCCCCAAGUGAGGAGCUGAACCUGCUUGGGAAGAAAUCUCAUCUUGGGAGGCUGCCCCAUCUCAUGGUUAUACCCCUGCCUUAUCCAGGGAUCCAUUGCUGUGAUGGAAGGGCAGGGCAGUGCUGGGGGGGAAUUUGUUAGAUCAACAAAAAGGGCCCUGUAAACCAAAUCCCACCAGUGAGGGGAGUAACAAACCCCACUCCUGCAAGAGUCACUCUACACCUCCUCUCAGACCUGGAGGCCAAUUUCAGCCAAAUAAUAAAGAUGUCACUUGGAAAAAAAAAGUCUGUGCCUUAAGGGAAACAAAAUUUUUGUCUACCUCAAGAUGUUCAACUUGUGUGACAAGAAGUAUGGGUGUUAUUUAUAUUUCUUUUAUUUCCUCUAGAAAGAAAGUGGUGCUAUGGGAUUUAAGUUGCAUUACAGUCCUGCUUG